UACCGCGGUUGGGGGAGAUCUACGGUCUCGACUCUCCGCCGCGUCAGAUGAUUAACAGCUAACAGCGAAAACGCCGUGAAACGCCGUCGUCUCUCUUUUCAACAUUACCACACACUGUAAGUUUUUAAUAAUGAAUAUCGGCCCGUUGUUUCCACUUUAAAGCUUCUAUCGCGCCGCUGAUAAUGCUGAAAAUGAAACUACCCCUGAAAACGGGCGAGGAAGGAGGGGACGAGACGGCCGAGGACGACUCACUGGAUCAGCCGGAGCACCAGCGUAUUCCCAGGGCGGUAUCUCCCUCCUCCGUGUCCGACAGGCUGGAGGAUUCGCCGAGACCUGUCGUUUAUCCUUCACAUUUGGACAAGGAGACCGUGUUCGAGUGGUUCGGCCUUCAUCUAAACCCCGCUAAGCGGAUCGAGUUCAUGUGCGGGCUCUUGCAUAUGUGCCAACCCCUGGAGCUCCGCUUUUUGGGCUCUUAUUUAGAGGAUCUCGCAAGGAAAGAUUAUCAUGUUUUACGUGACUUUGAGUUUCGGGCAAAUAGUCCCAAUGAUUUGGGCGUUUUAACGGACGUGAUUGACCCCGUGGUUCGGUCCAAACUACUGGUCUGCCUGUCCCUCCUCGGAUCUGACAGCAGGGAAUGUGCUGGAAUACUCUUCGGAAUUCUGAACCGUGUAGAUCCGGCCCUGUUUUACAAAAACUACGAUUACUCCUUAUUUCCAUUUAGGGGACCGUUCCACCCCCCGUGUCAGGACGGGAGUGUGUACGGUCGGACUGAGCCGAGCUGCGGCUCGUCCACGAACGACACAGCGGCAGGACCUCUGGAGCAUUUAGCGCUGCUGUUCACCAUGGCCUCUCUACACCCAGCUUUCCACUUCCACCAGCGGGAGACGCUCCGGGCGCAGCUGGACAAAAUAGAGCUGACUGUGGAGGAGAGACGUCAAAGUCAGCUCAGGAGAAACGCCCAGACCUCGGAGCUGACGGCUCAGAAGGUGGAUUACCAUCCUUCCCAAUCACUGGGCUUAGGAGAAUGUACAGCUUCACAUCCUCCAUGUCAGAGUCGACGUUCCAGCCGCUGGGCGACACAAAGAGAAGCGGUGCAUAUAGAGGGAAUCGUGCUCAGGGGCAUCUCUCGGACCAGAAUAGACAAGGAAUACAACUUUGAGGUGAAGUGGUCAGACUCUUCUUCUACGAGUGUGACCAAAACUCAUCUGGAACUGGAGAACUUCCUUCUGAAGCUUCCAAAGGAUCAAUGCACUGAGUCUUUUGAGAAGAGCAUCCUGAGGCUUCUGAACCAGGGGGACCACUAUGAGAGCAGGGAGGUGGAGAAGAACCUCAGGGAACGGUUCCUUUCUGCUCCUCCAGUCUUCAGACAGACCAGAAAGGUCUGCAGCUUCUUCAACUGUGACUCCAGUUACUCUGUGAAACCUUCUUCUUGCAGAUGUAACUGUCAGCUGACAAAGGUCUACCAGGGAGACUGUUCUGACGCCUCCAGUCAGGAAGAAGAUUUAGAGUCGUUUGUUCAGGGACACAAGAAAAAGCACGGCACCAAGAGCCCAAGUCAAGGUGUGUCCAGUGCCAAAGCCUCCCAGGGCGACAGUUGGAGAGGGGGUCACUCGGCAGAGGUCAACGGUCCAGCAGAGAGGAGGAAGAAGAGCUCUGUGCUGAGGAGCAGUCAGGAGGCUGAGCAGGUGACGCACCAGGACACAGAGAGGAGAGGCCACUCAGUGACUAAAACCAAGAGCAGAGUCCUGCCCUCAGACAGGGAAAAAGGGAAGGGGAAAGGAGCUGCCUUUGUGCCCAAUGGUAGUUUGGUGUCAGCUCUAUCUCCACAGAGGAAAGACGGAGGUUCAGGUCCAGAUACGUUUGGUGAAACAUCAUCAGAAAGCUACAGCUCUCCAUCCAGCCCUCAGCACAGAGGAGCAGAGAGCCUGGACAGUGAGGAUGACCACAACAAAGAUACAGACAGCCACUCUGAUGACUCCUGUAAAGGUCCUGGUCCUGACAUGUUCUUCGCACACGAGCCUGAUCCAGCUGUGGUGGAGGACGUCUCCUCUGUCCCGCCUCACAUGGAGCCCGUCUGUCCACAGAGCAGCACAGAGUUCCCUCCUCUCUCCUUCAUGCAUCCUCUGCCAUACGCGCUCCCCAACGGUGCCACUGACUCUCCGCUUCCUCUGGUCCCUCCUCCCAGCCAGAGCAUCGUCCCCGAUGGGAAGUCUUCUGCUGGGAUGUUGAUGCAGAUGCCCCUCGUGCCUCCAGCCAUCCCUGGCCCUGUCAUUGUGGGAGACCCAGAGAAGAGGGACAUGCUCCCAACCUUUGGGAUUCCUACUAUUGGCCUCCACCCUCAAGGAAGUAUUGCUGUGCAACCUCUGGUUCAGAGGUUUAAAACACCUCUGCCUCACAGCCAAGGUGGGACUGAUGGAUCUCCAGGAAGUGGUUCUACUGCUGCUGUCUCCCCGGCCCCUCACCAGGCUCCUGUCCGAGCCUUGAGUGUCAUGACCCCCGGUCCCACGUCCUUCUCGUCUCCUCUUCAGCAGCCUCUGCCCUGCCAUGACCCGGCCAGUGUGAGCUCAGCUGUGGUCUCCUCUCUGCCACAUGUGGAAACAGCACACGUCAAGCACCCAAACUUACCUUCUGGCCUUCUGCCUUCUGCAUACACCCUGCCACCUGUCCACACUUCUGUCAUGCCUGCAGCCACUGGUUUAGCUCCAACUCCUGGACAUGUUCAAGCAGCCGUUCCUCCAGCGGUGCCCACCCACACCCCUGGACCUGCACCCAGUCCCAGUCCAGCACUUACCCACAGCACAGCUCACAGUGACUGCAACUCCUAUAGCAACAGUGCCACUUCCUGUGGAAAUGCUUCUGUUGUCCCUGGCAACACUGUUACUCUUCAGCAAACCCAGCAGCAGCAGCUACCACUACCACAGCAGCAGCAGCAGCAGCAGCAGCAGCUGCCGAUGGGCUGUGGCACCUGCGGCUGUCACAAUAACUGUGGCAGACGAGGCAGCGGCAGCAACAACAGCAGUGUCAGCGGCGCCUCCACUUGCCAGGCACCGUUGUUUUUCCCCACUCACCAAAUGCCGGCCGCAGUGCGGCAGGUGUUCAGCGUUCCUCCGCCUCUCUUCCAGCUGACGAGCCUGUGCAGUAAUAGCUACCUCACCCAGGCACAACCUCCUCACCAGGCCAACGGUGCUGCCACCCUGCCGCCCUUCUUCACCGCUGCUCCUCCUCCCACUCACCCGCCCCCCUACGGCCCCCUGCACAGCCACUCUCACAGCCACGCAGACAUGCUGAGCACCCAGGCCGCGGCAGUGGCCGUCGCAGCCGCAAACUACAACCUGCAGCAGCAGAUGGCGCCGGCAGCGUCGUUCUGCCAGCGCGUCUACCAGCACAUGUACCCAAAUCCUCUGGGGAUGCUGUCGGCCGCCGCGCUCGGAGGGGGCGGAGUCAAUAAGAAGAGCGGCAACGUGUCGUGUUAUAACUGUGGCGUCAGUGGACACUACGCUCAGGACUGCAACCAGCCCUCCAUAGACUCCACACAGCAAGGUGUCUUCCGGUUAAAGUAUGCAGCCUCCCACAUUUCUGAAGCAUUUGACAAUGCCGACUGAGGAAGAGAGAAAGGUCUCGUUUCCAUGGUGACAGUCCUCUGUUCUUCCCCAGGCAAAGUGUGUGAGCAGCACUAAAGCCUGUGUGUACUUCAGGAUAAAAAAAAAUAAAACAAAUCUCUAAAAUCUCAACCUGCCAAGGGCUCAGUGGACAAAGCCUAAGAACUUGUGCCUGAGAGAAUCUUGUUCCUAUGGAGACGAUCGACUGUCUCCACACAACAGUCCGUGUGACUCCCGCUCCCUUCCUUUCAGUUUGUUUUUUACAUUUUUGCACUGAGGGUUGGAAACUAUUAACUUAUUACUUAAUUAUUAGGACUUCGACAGACUUUUGAGCAAGUGUUUUGUUUCGUUUUACACAAAAGUGGAGCUGAGAGUGAACUUAUUUCUGAAAUAUCAUUAUUACUGUUCAUGUGGGAUUUUACUGUGUGACAGACGUGUACAGUAGUUUUCAACCAUUAAAACAAGAAUCACAAACGUUAUGUAAGAAUGGAUUUAACCUUUGUUUUUCAUUUUUCAAGUGUUCUGAAUGUACAACCUUUUGUAAAUGUUGCGUGUGUUUGAUUGAAGGUCGUUGCUGCUUUGUAUUCUCCUGUUUUUUAUGCUUGAACCUGGUGAAGUGAAGCAGAGACAGACGUGCACUAAAACGUGUCGCAUACAUGUAACACCGGAGAGAUGUGUGUUCUUAUUAAAAACUGUACGAGAGGACGACGACCGUCACUCCGCGCUCGCUCAGAGAACCCUUUAA